AUGUCGGAUUCAGAAUAUGAAGAUGAGGUUACUGACCUUUCCAACCCUGACGUCACUACUAAGUAUAUUACCGCUGCUGGCAUCACCAACAAGGCAUUAGAGCUCGUCAUGAACGCUGUCAAGCCCGGUGCUGACGUGUAUGAGUUAUGCCGACUCGGUGAUGACUUUAUUGAGGAACAGACGGCUAAGUUGUAUAAUAAGAAGGUUAAGGGCUCUGUAGUCCCCAAGGGUAUUGCUUUCCCGACAUGCAUCAGCAUCAACGAAGUCGCCGGUCACUUCAGUCCACUUGAAGGGGAGUCGGUCACUAUCAAGGAAGGAGAUGUCGUCAAGGUCGAUCUUGCUGUCCAAAUUGAUGGUUUCAUCACAGCUGCUGCUAACACAGUCCUCGCGGGUGAUGCUAAAGUCUCUGGCAAGGCGGCUGAUGUCGUCAUGGCCGCCCAUACUGCUGCUGAGGCCGUCCUUAGGAAGGUCAAACUCGGGAACACCAAUACUGACAUCACCAACUUGAUGCAACAAGUCGCUGAUGAGUUCGGCGUUCAGCCCAUCCGAGGUGUCCUUAGUCAUCAGNNNNCCCACACUUCUACUCAAAAGUCGCAUUCAAAUUAUCAUGACGUAGAAUCGAACAACGGCCUACCUCCUGCUCCAACUCAGCAAUCAUACGAUUAA